CCCCAGCUCCAACCUUCUCCCUCCUCCCCCAGCCUCAACGUCUCCAUCGAAUGCAAACGCGUCGCCAGCCUGGAGCGAGCCACGAUCGACUGGGCCUUCGAGCUGACCAAAACCAACAUGCAGGCUCUGUAUGAGCAGAGCGAAUGGGGCUGGAAGGACCGGGAGAAGCGGGACGAGCUGACGGACGAACGCGCCUGGUUCCUCAUCGCGCGCGAACCCGGCGCCCGCCCCGUUGCCUUCUCCCACUUCCGCUUCGACGUCGAGUGCGGAGACGAAGUCCUGUACUGCUACGAAGUGCAGCUGGAGAGCUGGGUGCGGCGGAAAGGGCUGGGUAAAUUCCUCCUGCAGAUCCUCCAGCUGGUGGCCAACAGCACGCAGAUGAAGAAAGUGAUGCUGACGGUCUUCAAGCACAACCACGGCGCCUAUCAGUUCUUCCGAGAAGCUCUGCACGCGCUGGCGACGUGAGGGCGCGGGGCCGGCAGCCAAGAGAGGUGGGUGCGUGGGGGCCCCCCC